AUGUCUGCCGUCGCCUUGGGCUACCCCAUGCCUACUCUGUUAAACUGGGGACGCGAGUACAAUCGACCUUCCUGGCAUUUUGCCGGUAGUCACAUCGCCAAACUAGAGAGUCUUUUGGGCGGUAUCGAGGCUCUUCUCGAAGAUGGCGCGAGUGUGGAUGACGUCGCUGUCCUCGUCGACGCCUACGACAUGUGGUUUCAGCUCCCGCCUUCUGUGCUCCUCGAACGUUACCACCGGCUUAACCGCGAAGCUGAUGCUCGCGCGCAUAAAGAAUGGGCAGCCUUUGCAGACUUUCCCAUCCCGCCUCCUCGCCAGGACAUCAUUGUCACUACGGCAAAGGACUGCUUCCCGGACAGCUACUCGGGCUCUGAUCCACGGUAUGAGCAUUGGCCCGAGUCACCGAUGCCCAGGGACAUGUACGGUGAAGGCACAGAUGUGAUACCAUGGUCUUUUGAUCCUGCACGAAAGUACAAAAAGGUGCGCCCGAGAUGUGUCAAUAGCGGCCUCAUCAUGGGAUCCAUGGGUGCGUUAAGAGAUGCCCUCCGCCGAUGCAAGGAAAAGAUUGAUCGUGUCGCCAUGAACGGCCGCCAGCUCUGGAGUGACCAGGCACUCAUAGGAGAGGUUAUUGGAGACCAAGAGAUAUGGCGCGAGUGGGUGAGGCAUCUCGCCUCUUCAUGGAACGGCUCCAUCACCCACAACAAAGCAUCUGUCGACGCCGCCGUCAGGAGCAUCGCUGACGCUGCCUUGCUCGGUCAACGCUUCGAGUUCGGCAUCGGUCUCGAUUACAACUUCACCACGGCCCCGCCCACCUGCUCCGCCGAAGAAGACGGCUACUUUGCCAAUCUCUCCGACGCCGCCAAUGUCACCUCCGAGUCUGAAAAAGCCGGGGUCCCCGGUCCCCCGCGCAUCAACGGCCCACCCCCGGAGCUACGCCGCAGCCCGGACAAGAUCCUCUCCGGGACAAACUGGGGCUCGGUGCCGCUAUACACCGACUUCUUCUUUGGCGUCACUCCCGUGGGCAUCCACCACAACGCCUACGUCAACGGGCUCAAAGGCUUCCGGCUACGUGCCUGGUGGGACAAGAUGUGGUACCACCCGCAGUUAAGAGACCUUAUCGUCCAGCGUCUUAAGUCCGACACAGACGAGUCAGGGCGGCCGCUGGCAGAGGUCGAGGACGGAAUUGUGUAUCUGGCUGAUGGGCAUCACAAGACGGCGAGGGUGUUUAGCCCCCGCAAUCCUUCGGGCGAGAGGUUUGUCCCCAUCACGUGGGACGGCGUGUGUCAGAGCAAGGCCAGCGGGAGGAUGUGGUAUGACGAGCUAUUUGGGGACGAAAAGGGUCCUCUACAAGGUUGA